CGGGAUGACGCACGCGCGUUCUCAGCGGCCGAGGCGCCGCGGUGCCUACCGGGACUGAGCUCCCAGUCGCCCGAUCAGGAAGUGGCGGGCGGAGCUGGGGGAAGAGUCGCCGCCUCAGCCGCCGCCGCCAGUGCGAAGACCCCCGAGCUGGCGGGGCAGCGCUGGGCAUGCGUGCCGGGCGGCGGAGGCGCUGACAACGAGCCCGAAGCGGCAGCCACGCGGGCGUGGGCGGCUGGUCCAGGCGGAGGCUCUGGGAGGCGGCGGCGGGGCGCGUGGGGCGGCCCUCCUGGCUCAGCUGCUUCUUGGAAACCUAGUUUGGAAUGAUUCCUAACCUUGAGUUAUAAUAGUUUUCUGCAGAGUUUAAAGACAUUUUCCAAAACAAGUCCCUGCGGUACUUUUUCCCCUUCCACUUCUACAUUGCUGUCUUUUCAGCGCAUUAUGGAUCCAAGCCUUUUGAGAGAACGGGAGCUGUUCAAAAAACGAGCUCUUUCCACUCCUGUAGUAGAAAAACGUUCUGUGUCUUCUGAGGCAUCAUCAUCAAAGAAGAAAAAAGCAAAGCUAGAACAUGGAGGAUCAUCGGGCUCUAAACAAAAUUCUGAUCAUAGCAAUGGAUCAUUUAAUUUGAAAGCUCUAUCAGGAAGCUCUGGAUAUAAGUUUGGCGUUCUGGCUAAGAUUGUGAAUUACAUGAAGACACGGCAUCAGCGAGGAGAUACACAUCCUCUUACUUUAGAAGAAAUUUUGGAUGAAACGCAACAUUUAGAUAUUGGACUCAAGCAGAAGCAAUGGCUAAUGAGUGAGGCACUAGUCAAUAAUCCCAAAAUUGAAGUAGUAGAUGGGAAGUAUGCCUUUAAGCCCAAGUACAACUUGAAAGAUAAGAAGGCUCUGCUUAGGCUCUUAGAUCAACAUGACCAGCGAGGCUUAGGAGGGAUUCUUCUAGAAGACAUCGAGGAAGGAUUGCCCAAUUCCCAGAAAGCUGUCAAGGCUUUAGGGGACCAGAUACUAUUUGUAAACCGUCCUGAUAAGAAGAAAAUUCUUUUCUUCAAUGAUAAGAGCUGUCAGUUUUCUGUGGAUGAAGAGUUUCAGAAACUGUGGAGGAGUGUCACCGUGGAUUCAAUGGACGAGGAGAAAAUUGAAGAGUAUCUGAAGCGACAGGGUAUUUCUUCCAUGCAGGACUCCGGACCAAAGAAAGUGGCCCCAAUUCAAAGAAGGAAAAAGCCUGCCUCACAGAAAAAGCGACGGUUUAAGACUCACAAUGAGCACUUGGCUGGGGUGCUGAAGGACUACUCUGAUAUUGCUCCUGGCAAGUAGUAAACAGUUUGGUCCGAGAGCAAAGAGUUUCAAAGUACAAGAUCUUCCGUGUUGACGCUGGCAUCUGCAGACUGAUCAUCUUCCUGUUCUCCUACCUAGGACCGAGGAGAGGAGCAGUUCAGUUUACAGAACUAGGGCAAAUUACCAAACUCGAAGCUUGUUUUCCUUAAUGGGCUACUGAGAAAUGUGAUGUCCCCUGUGAACCUCCUGUCACUUCUUGGGGGAACGGCGCUCAGCAUGGCGUGCAGGCAUCUUUGCUAUUUAUCGCUACUUCUCAGUGGCUCCUGGUUCCAUUUUCCCCUCUUUUAUUACUUUAGAACAAGUUUGCUGGUAGUCUUGAAUGCAAUAUUUGUUUAUUCCAAAAGAUCAUAUUUAUAAUAAAAUCAUUGUAGAAGGA